AGUCAAGCAUAUCGGUCCUAAUGAUUAAAUCAUUUACAUGAGUCGCCUGUUCAACAGAAGGGAGACAACUCUAACUUGAGGUCAACAUCGAACCAUGGCGUUAAAAAGGUCAGGUGAUAUAGAUGUAUCGGGAGACAUGGCUUCAGACAAGAAGAAAAAGCAGGUGCGAGUGUGGGUAGAUGGCUGUUUUGACAUGGUACAUUUUGGCCAUGCCAACGCCAUCAGACAGGCCAAGAAGAUGGGUGACUACCUGGUUGUGGGAGUACACUCAGAUGAGGAAAUAGCCAAGCACAAAGGCCCACCAGUAUUUAAACAAGAGGAGCGAUACAAGAUGGUCAGGGCUAUCAAAUGGGUUGAUGAGGUAGUGGAGGCAGCCCCCUAUGUAACCAGCCUGGAGACUCUAGACGAAUACAACUGUGAUUUCUGUGUACAUGGAGAUGACAUCACAACCACUGCUGAUGGUACUGACUCCUAUCACAUAGUGAAAGCAGCAAAGCGUUACAAGGAGUGUAAAAGAACUGCUGGUGUAUCUACAACAGACCUGGUAGGGAGGAUGUUGCUGGUGACGAAGAACCACCACAAACCAGACGAGGAAAGUGUGGAAAAGGCCGAUGUCUCUGAUAUAGGACAGUCCAGCUGUGGUCACAGUCCCUACACUGGAGUUUCCCAGUUUCUACAAACCACGAAUAAAAUCAUGCAGUUCUCCGAGGGAAAGGAGCCCAAAAAAACUGACCGCAUCGUCUAUGUGGCAGGCGCAUUCGAUCUCUUCAAUGUUGGACACCUCGACUUCCUAGAGAAAGCUGCUAAGGAGGGGGACUUUGUCAUCGUAGGACUCCACACAGACUCUGUGGUGAACCGAUACAAGGGAGCUAACUACCCAAUAAUGAACCUUAACGAGAGAGUUCUCGGUGUUCUGGCAUGUAAGUAUGUUUCGGAGGUUGUGAUUGGAGCACCCUACGAUGUCACUAACGAUCUCAUGGAACACUUUAAGGUUGACACUGUUUGCCAUGGAAUGACGCCAGUGAUGCCAGCAGAGGAUGGCUCUGACCCCUAUGCUGUUCCAAAGAAGUGUGGUAAAUUUAAGACCCUGGACAGCAACAACGAGCUGACAACUAGGAUGAUAAUAGAGAGAAUUAUUGCCCACAGGCUCCAAUACCAAUUAAGAAACAAGAAGAAGUCGGAGAAGGAGCUCAUGAUAAUGGAAGCUUUGACAAAAAAUAAUGUUGAGAAAUAAACCAGAUCUACAUUGACCCUGACCUUCAACCAGUGACAUUAACAAAACCAUGAAUUUGUCCAUAAGGAUGAAUAGCAAGCUAGGUGAAUGCAGCAAUGUCUUCUAUUUACUGUUGACUUUGGAAAUGGCUCUUUUGAAUGACAAUAAUGUUGGCUUGAACCCAGAGGUCGGGCCAAGGUAAUGGGUUGGCCUCAAUGAAAACCAGGCUGCAUUGGGCAGCUACUUUCUUUAUUAACUCAUUCACCCCUGAAAUUUCAUAAUAAACUAUUCCAACCUUUGUAUUGGAAGAGUUCAAAUGUGUCUUUAAGGAUAAAUGAGUUAAUGUUUACCUUUCCAGUUCACAAACCUAUAUAUAAUGUAUUUUACUUGAUAUACAUACACCAUUUUAACUGUCAUGUAUCAGGACAUAUGCUAUUUCUUGUAUUGAACCCUGCAAGAAAUAAAACAGAGGAAUAACCAUAAUAUUCAUUUAAAAAUAGCAUAUGCUAUGAAAUCCUCCGCUAUGUAUAUGUGGCAGGUUUUAAUUCUGCAUAGGAUUAAUGUCGCCUUCUAGCUUCGAGCUAGAGUGAAUUUCCCUUUAGCUC